AUGACCUCGAGAAGGCGUGAGUUUGCUUGCGCUUCUCGCGUAGAGAACAAUCUAGAGGAGGAACAGCGGGAAUCGUUCACGUCAACUGAAUCCCUUGAAGGGGUAUUUGAGGAACCCAGCGUCCCUGCAAGCCACGGAGAAGAUUCAAGACCAAUUUCGGGUCCUAAUCGACCCCAGUUAGAAUUAAGUUUUGCGGAACAGGAAGAAACAGCAAUAAUUAACCCGGCUGAAAUGGCCGGAAGGCUAGAAGAAAAAGAAAAGGCUAGAAGAAAAAGACAAGAAGAAGAUAGAAAAAUACAAGAAGAAGAUAGAAAAAGACAAGAAGAAGAUAGAAGAAGACUAGAGGAAACAAUAAAACAAGGUAGAAAAGAAGAUUUACAAAAAUUAGAACAAGGAAGAAAAGAAGAUUUAAUUAGAUUUGAACAAGGAAGAAAAGAAGAUAUGGAAACAAUGGUAAAAGUAAUUGAACAAAAAGUACAAGCCAUAAAAGAAGAAAUUCGACGGGAAACACAAACAUGGAAACAAGAGUUAAAAGGAGAUAUAGAAAAGACAGAACAGAAAAUAGCAAUGGUAGCGAAUAAAACUAUGGAAAUAGAAGAAACAAUAAGGAAACAGGAAGAUGAAAUGAGAAAUAUUGGAGUAAACGUUACCAAAAAUACACACAACAUUGAACAAGUGAAACGACAGGUAGAAGAUAGAGUAAGUGGAAAUAGAAACGAGAUGGAAUUGGAAAGAAGAAGAACAAAAGAACAAAUAGAAGAACUCCAUAAAGAAGUUGAAAGAAGAAUUAAAGAAAUAGAAGAAGGAAGAUUAGAUGAAGCUACGAAAUUAGAGAGAAUAAAGGAAAUUAUGAGAGAAAAUUUGGAAGCAGAAGCACUGAUAUGGUUCAAUGGCAUAGAGAAUGAUGUUCAAGAUUAUGAACAAUUAAGACAUCGAUUCUUACAACAUUUUUGGGGUGACAAUGCACAAAUGAUGUAUCAACCAUCGAGAGGGGAAGAAGAUGUACAGCCUCGAAGGCAAGUGAAUUUUCAGAGACGACGAAGUCCUAGUAGAUCAGAAGAACGAGCUGAAAUGCCCAUAAAUGAGGAUGGUAGGUUUGAAACACAGAGAUCCAGAUCUUUAGACAGGGAAUCGUUACAAGAAAUUGGAGAGAGAGACGUCAAGUAUUAUAGAAAAUUAUUAAAAGAAUCCGGAAGACAAGUCGAAGCAGCAAAAAGAAAACGAACUAUACACAACAGCAGCAGAGAGAAAGCGGAAAGCCAGCAGCCAAGAGAAAGAAAGACGAUCACAGGCGAGGUCCAGGAAACCAGACAAAUAAGAGGCCAGAGGAGCAGCAUCAGUGGCAGGUUACAAGAAAAUUAA